AUGGAAAACGACGCAGAAUUCGUCAAAAAAUGGCCUACCCUUGGCAAAGCAAUGGAGUCCGGAGUUGAAUCCCAUGACGGCCGUGAAGCUCAACUCCUCGCUUACAUCUUAUCUCACAGUCCCACCAAUCCCUUAGACGUCCUCUCCACUAUCGAUGAAUUUUCCCUGCGCGAAGACUUCCUCAUCAGUGUUGGUCCCAAAAAAGCUGAAAUUUUGCGAGAUCUCGUUACGCGGGAGAAACCGAAAGUGCUGUUGGAACUAGGCGGAUAUUUGGGAUAUAGUGCUGUGCUUUUUGCGGAUGCGAUGGUGAAGGUGCAUGGAGGUGAUUCGGGGCUAAAGAUUUAUUCCCUCGAACUCGAUCCUGCCUUUGCAGCUAUUGCUCGCCAAAUCGCUCAAAUAGCAGGACUCGGUCACAUUAUCGAGGUUGUUGAAGGCACAGCCGCUUCCUCGAUUACCAAUCUAGUCAAAGAGAAGAAAAUCACGAAUGUCGAUUUCUUGUUCCUAGACCAUGUGGAGGAUUUGUAUGAGCAGGACUUUAAAGUUGUGGAGGCAUCGGGUGUGCUGAAAAGGGGAGCCGUGGUUGUAGCGGAUAAUGUGGUCAGGCCGGGGGCACCGGAGUAUAGAGAGUUCAUAAGAGGAGAUAUGAAGAAGGAUCAGGGGUGGGAAAGUUGGGGAGUAAGAGGCUUAAUUUGGCCCGGGGAUUUCGAGGAUGAACUUGAAGUUAGUAAAUUAGUUGGUUCGGAAUCGGAUAAGCAGUGA